ACAAGCGUAAACGUGCAGGCUUCGGAGUUUGCUGCACGCUACGUGGACCCCGAGGGCGUGCCGAUUGCAAACGCAGGACAGGCACUGCUCGGCGCAGGCUCUACCUCGAGCUCCUCCUCCAAUGCGCCUAAAUUCGGCACCUUAAUCCCCAAUCGCAUCUUCGUGGGCGGCAUUCCCUCUAAUGCAAGUGUUUCCUUUCUUUCGUCACGAUCUCGUGCCCUCGGCGCUCUACACAUGAUGACUUUUCUAACCCUUGUUUCUUGCGCAAUAGGGUUCUUUCCUACCUUCUCAACUUUUUCCCUCAAAACUACUGAACAGGAACUCAAGACGUACUUCUCUAGCUUUGGUCAGGUGAAGGACGUGAAGAUCAUCAACGAUCGACUUGGUGUCUCGAAGGGGUAUAAGAGCUACGGUUUUGUCACAUUCGAAAGCCAGGAGGUGGCUGAAAAGAUCAUUAAAAAUGAGUCAGAGACGCUCAUCUUCAAGGAUCGCAAGUUGAACAUAGGCCAUGCCAUUCGCAAGCAGCAGCUCUUCCCACGUCCAGGUAUGUUGGUCGAGCCCGAUUGUGCGGCUUGUCCGGGCUCUGCCUACCAACAGAUGCUCCUGCAGCAAGCGAACGGUGCAAUGUACCUCUCACCGCAGCCAAACCAACAGGCAGCGGCAGCAGCAGCAGCGACGGCAGCUGCAGUACAGUACUCAGCGCUUCAGUCGCACCUUGCUGCUCAUCAAAACGCUGCAGCUGCCACUUUCGCCACACUCCAGCACCACCAGCAGUACCAACAGGCCUCCCUCACAGCUCCACUUGCAACUGGGGGGCAAACUUCGCAGGCAGCGAUGAUGGCAGCGGCAGCAGCAGCAGUGGCGGCGGCAUCUCAAUGGUCGAAUGCUGCCAAUUCGACAGCUAACGGUCACAACUCAUCUGGAGCCGCGGCAGCAGCUCUUCCGCCUCCACCACAGCUGACGCCAGCACCCUCAGUGUCAGUAGGUCAGCACGCCCCAGCGGCGCUGGGUGGUGCAGUUAGUGGCAACUGUGGUAGCGUCCUUGACGCCACUCAGUCACCGCAAGUGGCCGCGCUGGCAGCUGCCGUAGCUGCUCAACAACAGCUCGCCGCUGCUGCUGCAGCAGCUGCAGCUUGGAGGUGGUCCUCGCCUUCCGCCGCUGCUGCCGCUGCCGCUGCCGCUGCCUCGCAACACGGCAGUGGCGGUGGUGCUCUUCUGGCACCCUCUCCCUCGGCUCUCACCAACGGGUCUGCGACAACAACUGGGCAGUCCGUGUCACAAACUGCAUCUCAACAGGUGAGUGGGGGUCUUUACGAGAGUCUCUUCUCGAGGCUUCUAUACCAACAUCACCAACAACAGCAACAACAACAGCCGGCUUUCGGAUUGAAUAAUCCUGCUUUGGUGGCUUCAACGGCGAACACCGCUCCUGCUAUCCACUCUCACGAUUUGCCACUACCACCACAACAACCACAUCAUCAACAGCAGCAGUUGGUUUUCCUGCCGAACACCACCACGACAAGCGACUAUAGCACUGAUCACAGUGCCCAUUCCUCGGGCCUCAUGGAGUCGGUAGAGCCAGGUAUUUUUCAUUGUGACGGCCUUAUGAGUCCACCACAACAGCUGCAGCCUACCCUUCUGCCAACUGCGGUGUUCGCGCCUGCGAUCUUCGAGGGAGGUAUAGCGGCCACCUCGAGUCCCCUGCUAACUACUCAUAGACAUCUCGUUUCACCGUCUACCAAUAACAACCACAAUAACACCAACACCACAAUAACUGUCACGCCAACUGCCACCUCCACCAACAGCAACGGCAGCGGUAGCUGCAUCAGCAAUUGCGCAGGUCAGACCUCCUCCCAACAGGCUCCCCAAACUCCUCACCUUUAUGGCACCCCCACUCCCCAGCCCAUCAUUCUUGACGUCUACUCAGGCGCUGGCGGCGGCGGUGGUAUCUCACUGGCUCCAUUGAAGCAGACGCCUCUCCUCUCCACAGAGAGUCUUAUGAUGGUGGAACACACAAGCAGCGCCUCUGGUUUAAAGCAAAACGGAGGUAGUGGAGGUGGUGGAGUUGGCUGCGGCGCGGGAAGUCGCGGGGGCACGGGAUCCAGCCCCAAGAAGUUGACUGCUGCAAAUGGUAGCACUACGAAUACUCGCGCCGCGAUCUAG